UAAGCUAAACUGGUAAACACGCAGCUAGCCGGCCCUUAAAAGCUUGGCGUUAAAAAAUGUACCAGUCAAGAUGGGGCAGACCCUUUGCAUAUGCUCUCGUGGCUCCCUCACCAUUGAUAACAAAAAAUAUUACUUUGUCCAGAAACUAGACGAAGGCGGUUUCAGUUACGUUGAUCUGGUAGAGGGGGCGAAGGAUGGGCGCUUCUAUGCCCUGAAGAGGAUCCUAUGCCAUGACCGCGAAGGCCGUCAGGAGGCUCAGACAGAGGUGGAGAUGCAUCAGAUGUUUAAUCACCCCAAUGUCUUGAGCUUGGCUGCACACGCCUUUGUUGAUCGCGGAGGCAAAACUGAAGCCUGGUUACUUCUGCCUUAUAUUAGAAAAGGCAGCCUGUGGUCUGUACUCGAGAAGCUAAGAGACAAGGGAAGCUUAAUGCCUGAAAAACAGAUUUUGCAAAUCUUGCGUGGCAUCUGCUCUGGACUCAAGGCCAUUCAUGAAAAAGGCUAUGCACACAGAGACCUGAAGCCCACAAAUGUGCUUCUGGAUGAGGAUGACAGGCCUCUUCUGAUGGACCUGGGCUCCAUGAAUCGUGCAAGGAUUGAGGUUAGAGGAAGCAGAGAAGCUAUGACCAUACAGGACUGGGCAGCCCAGCGGUGCACCAUUUCUUACAGAGCUCCUGAACUCUUCAAUGUAGAGAGCCACUGCAUCAUAGAUGAGCGCACUGAUAUCUGGUCACUCGGCUGUGUGCUUUAUUGCAUGAUGAUGUUGGAGGGGCCGUAUGACAUGGUAUUUCAGAAGGGGGACAGCGUUGCCCUGGCUGUCCAGAAUCCAGUGACCAUCCCACAGUCUUGCAGUUACUCAGAGGGCCUGCAGAUGCUGCUGAGCUCCAUAAUGGUGUCGAAUCCCCAGGAGAGGCCAAACAUCAGCUGGGUUCUUGACCAGGUACAGGACCUGCAGAGUCGCAGCCCCAACACUCAAACCAACAUGGUCUGAUCUUGCACGGUGCACUGGAUGUGGGGUCUUCAAAACCUUUGCACACAUAAAUGAACCUCUGCUUUUUUGAUUUUAAAAAUGUUUAUUUUAUUUGUUGACUUUGGUGUAAAAGCCUAGGUGCAGACUUUCACUCAGUUUUGGGAGCUUGGCAACAGUAUAAGAUUUUAGUUUGAAUCAGCGGAUCAGGCCUGUGUAUCACAGUGGACUCUUGCUGUCCUUAUAGACUUACUAAAUUAUGUGAAGAAUCUGAAACGCCUUAAAUGUAAUUUCACUCUGCAGUAUAAUGCUUUAUGUAAGGGUCCACGCUUUUCCUUAAAGGGAUAGUUCAGCAAUUUUCAAAAUACUUUUAUUUGCUUUCCCCAAGAGUGGUAUGAGAAGAUGGACACCACUCUCAUGUCGGCCCAGUUAUUGUGAAACUGGGGCUCGCAGUCUGUUAGCUUAGCUUCGCAAAAAGACUUGAAACAGCUAACCUGCAUUCGUCCAAAGGGAACAAAAUUCUAAUCUUAAUCUAAUCUUAUCAUGUUAUAUCUUGUUUCCUUAAUCUAUAGGAAAACCAAAAUGUAAACAUGACAACGGGUGGUUCUUUUGUUUUAUAUUUAAGUUUUAGACUGGAUUAAACAAGCAAGACAUAUUACAUUUAAUUAGUGAGCUUCAUAGAUGCAUAUAGGCUGAUUUUGUUAUCUCUGGACAGAGCCAGGCUAGCUGUUUGUCCCUGUUUCCAGUCUUUGUGCUGAGCUCAGCUAACCAGCUGCUGGCUGUCGCCUUGGUGAAUAUGCAUAUUUCUAAAUAUGCAUUUAAAAAACAAAAGAUUCUUGUCUUAAAAUUGUAGUUUGCAUUUUUCUUUUACAAGAAAAAGGAUAACAGAAGCUUUGCCAAACUUUCCGGUGGAUGAAAGCUACCUGAGUUGAAUACAUAUCAGAAUCCAUUCCCUACUAAAAAAGGAAUAUGGUCCAGUUCCCAUUACUUUUCUUUAUCUCUAUUCCUGAGUUUUGUGUGUGUAAAAUCUUGUGUUUACACGUUUGCUGUAAUCAACAACUUCGCCUUCAGCUUUUCUCCACAUCCUUCACUUGAACUGUUUGUCUUCACUGGGGGAAAGUUCAGAGGCAGAAUGCUCCUCACCUGCAAUGCUGCAUUUGAACACACAGAGGUGCUCCACCAUCACAAUCCUCCGCUCCACAUACUGUCAUGUCUCUGUUGGUACAGUUGAUGAUGUGUGAACGAGCUCUUUGUAAAACACAGCAAAGAGUGUCCGCUUAUAAAAAAAAGAAGAAAAAAAAAAAAGAAACAGGUGUCAGGCGCUACUGUAACACACCUAAACAAUAGAAAACAAACCUUUAAUCAGUUAAAGGAACAACUUAUUUUUAUUAAUUAAGUCAGUGUCAUAUGCCAUUGAAGUCUAACCUUCACCUUUCACUGUAUUGUGUUUUUAAACAAUAUUUUUCAUUCCAGCUAUGCUUGUGUUAAAUUCAAUGUUUCUGUCGUGUGAAUGUCGUCUCACACUUUUGUUCUCUCAGGGUUCACCCACAUCUCAAAGGGGCUGACAGUCUUACAUUCAGUAGACCUAAAUGGUACUUUUAAAUGUUACUUUGGGCAUUUAAUUUAAGAUGAAUGCUUCUGUGACUCUGUAUUGCAGUUAUUUGGACCAUAGUAGGACUAAACAAAUCCUUGACUUAAUCAGUUAGAUGUUGGAAUGGUAAUUGGCAUACUGUUUAACUAUAUCGAGUAUGAAUUUUUUUGUUUUUGUUAAUGGCAAAUGAAGACUGGUAUCACGGAGUUGGUAAACAAAAUAUUUUAUUUAAAGUAUACUGAUGGAGUUCAAAAAUAUUAAUAAGCUGGGGUGUGUCAUUUGAUCAUGAAAAAUCUUGUUAAGUCUGUUUUAUUUUAUUCACUGCACAUUAAGGAUAAAUAAAUAUGAAAUAUGUAGCA